AAAUAAACGUUACAACUUUUUAGCAAUGUCUUCAAAAUUUUUGGAAGAGUUAUCUAAUGAUUAUGAAAAACUUUUUGAAACAGAAAUAGGAUAUGAUGUUAUUAUUUAUGCAGGAGAAGAACCGAACGUUAAAGAAAUCCAUGCUCAUUCAAAUAUUUUAUGUAUUAGUUCAAAAUAUUUUCGUACAGCAUUUUCUAAUGAAUGGGCUGAAAAAAAAGAUGGAAAAUUUAUUUUAAAAAAACCAAAUAUUUCGCCUCAUUUAUUUGACAUCAUUCUUAGAUUCAUUUAUUGUGGAAAUAUUGAAUUGAAAAAUUUACAAGGACCAGAUGUAUUGAAAUUAUUAAUAGCUGUAGAGGAACUUAAUAUUCAACAAUUAAUUUCUCAUAUUCAAGAAUAUUUAAUUAAACAUCAAACUGUAUUUUUACAUCAAAAUCCAACUGGUAUUCUUGAAACCAUCUAUCAACAUGAGACAUUUACGGAUUUAUGGGAUUUUUGUCUUUAGAAGAUUUGUGAAGAACCUGAAAUUUUAUUUAAUUCUAAUAAAUUUGUUAACUUAAAAGCUCCUUUAUUGGAAUUAUUGAUAAAAAGAGAUGAUUUAAACAUGGAUGAAAUUGAAGCUUGGGAAGGUUUAUUGA